UCAGCACAAGCCCGGCCCCGAAGCCCGCCCUCCGCCGCCGCUUCGCCUCGAGUCUCUGCAAAGGAGCCGCACCCAGGCUCGGCCGAAGCGCCUCGGGGCUUUCGCGUGGCUGGGGAGGCGGGGAGCCCGGGCAGAACGACCCACGCAGAAAAGGCGCAGGAGAAUAGCAAGAUUGGGAGUCGAAGGCUUUUGCCUUCCACAAACCCACACACCCCACCCUGUCGUUUGAAAGCCCACGCAUCGGCCUUUGCAAAUGGAGGCCUUGUAAGAACGAGGGUGCAGGGGACUUGCUGAUUUAUAGCAGCUCGGUGUUUUCUGUCUUUUCUGCCGACAGUUCUUGGCAGUUACGUGCAUGAGAGAGAGACAGCGCACAGCCACACCCACGUGUUCACUUUCAGCAUAGACGUAAAGGAUAUGGCUCCCUCCAGAUCUUGGGAACUGUAGUUCACAGUGCUACAGUUCCCAGAGCUCUUAACAAACCACAGCUCCUAAGAUUGGGGCAGGGGAGCCAACUGGUUUAAAUGUGUUUGUAUGGUGUGCGUCAGGGGUGCCAACUUGAAUACAGAAUUGGGGGGGCAGGGAUAGCUGUCACCCCAUCAAGUAAAUAAAUAAAAAUAGUUAACUAACUGACCGAUCGCAAUGCAGAUAACUCAGUUCUGCCCUUGCCCCGACAUAAAACCUCUCCCACCUAAAAUAAAUACCGGCUACGCCCAUGGGAAGCAAGUAAGUCCCACCCUACAAAAUCCAUCACAUGCAUGGCACACUCUUAUUUGAAUGGGAUUGUCCAUCAAAUCUGGGGACGGCCUUCUCAAAUAUUUUAUUUGGGGGUGGGCGAAGGGCCUAGGAGUUGGCUCCUAUGGUGUGCAUGUCACCUUAGUCUCCCUGCCCCCCCUUUAAUUCACUGUCCCCUCUCCUCUCUUGCUUUAAUAUCCAUCCCAAUUAAGAAUCAUGGUCAGCCUGAAAGCUUGACUGCUAUUUUAUAAUGUUUUGGUUUGACCAAGUAAAAGGUAUUGACUGAUUCUGCUUUCUCCCCCUUCCAGACCAACACACAGUACCUUUACUUUUACAGUAAUGUAUUAUGUAAGGUACUGUAUUUUACAUAAUACAUUGGCUCUCAUUGAAGGGUGCUGGUCAUUUCUAAGGGAUAAACAAACUGUUUCUAGAUCCACUCUUACCUAGCCAGAAGAAAAGCUACAGUAAAUAGUUCGUCGUCGUCAUCAUAGACUUUUAUUGUGCUAGCCGUAGGCCGUGGCAUCAUUCGGAAAAAUAACAAGAGGAAAAACUGCAAUAACCAUAAAAACCAUCAGGCACCACACAUACAUUAUAAACCACGGUCACAGCUACUAAGAUUGUUUGUUGCAUAAAAUAGAAUAGCAGAAGAUUCUCUAGUAAAAUCUGCCAAAUUAAAUAUCCGAAUCCCCUUUGCAGUUGACUGCUAUUUUAUCUAGUUCUUUCCUCCUGAUCUUCUUAGCUACCCAUGCAUAGAGUGCUAAUUUAUGUUACAAAGUCAUCAGUAUCGCUCAGUAAAUAGUUACGUUUACCCCCUUUAUCCAGUUUCUUUUAUAGGAAGAAGGCCUUUUUAAGAUCACCUGAAGUUGCAACUAGUUCCAGCUGUUCCACAUCUAGCUGCUGAGUGGGCAGGGAAAGAUGCUGAGCUUCCCUGCCUGCAGGCUCUCCUAGCUGCCAUCUUCCGGUGAGCACCGUUGACUUGGACCCUGAUUCUUCCCGUAAAUAGGUAGGAAACACAGAAUGCAACAGGGCAGUCUGUCACAUGUGCAUUGUGGAUUUUGGAGUACAGUGGUACCUCGGGUUAAGUACUUAAUUUAUUCUGGAGGUCCGUUCUUAACCUGAAGCACCACUUUAGCUAAUGGGGUCUCCUGCUGCCUGCUGUCUUACACAUGGGGGCAUGUUAUAAAUACGAUAACUCCCUCUUGUUUCACAAUAGGCCCAUUUUAUUUAAAUGUCUGUUGGCACUCAUCAGCUCAUAAUUAGAGAGAAGGAUACCAUACCAUAGUACAGUGGUACCUCUAAUUACGAACUUAAUUUGUUCCAGAGGUCCGUUCUUAACCUGAAACUGUUCUUAACUAGAGACGUGCUUUCGCUAAUGGGGCCUCUUGCUGCUGCUGUGCCGCCAGUACACGAUUUCCGUUCUCAUCCUGGGGCAAAGUUCUCAACUCGUGGUAACUCUUCCAGGUUAGCAGAGUUUGUAACCUGAAGCGUUUGUAACCUGAGGUGUUUGUAACUCGAGGUACCACUGUAGUAGUUCGACAACAGCACUUCCCUUAGAGACAUCUCUGGAGCUAAAGUUACAAGGUUGGGACUGCAGAGAUACAAAGUAGGCCUAGGUAAGAGAUUAUGCUGCAUUCCUUUGCUCCCCAAACUUUAUUUUCCACUGAUUUCUUGUUAUUUUACAACGUGGAAUGUAGGUAUUUUAUUCCCAUAGGUUAUACAGUGGUACCUCGGGUUAAGUACUUAAUUUGUUCCGGAGGUCCGUUCUUAACCUGAAACUGUUCUUAACCUGAAGCACCACUUUAGCUAAUGGGGCCUCCUGCUCCCGCAGCGCCGCCACAGCAUGAUUUCUGUUCUCAUCCUGAAGCAAAGUUCUUAACCAGAAGCACUAUUUCUGGGUUAGCGGAGUCUGUAACCUGAAGCAUAUGUAACCUGAAGCGUAUGUAACCCGAGGUACCACUGUGUUUGCUGAACUCAGUAGAAGGCUUACCUGUGUGCCAUCCAUUAUUAUUUAUCCUCUGCAAUUUUAUGGAUGCUUUUCUGAAGUAUUUUAAGUACUGAAAGGAAAAGUGCUUCCUUGCAAGCAUCCAGUAAUACGCGACAAGUAUACAGUGAGUCAGCUUUUGCAGUUGAAAUGGUAGUGCUUAUGUACAAUCUGGAGUAUUUGGCAUAAAAGUGGCACUCCUGGAUGGACUGAUAGCAACUAAAGAGCCUGCUGAUGCUGGCAUCGUAAACCUUCAACAAGGGACAUUACAGCAUCGCUGCUGUGUUGGAAAUACAUGCUGUGAGACAGCUGGUAUUUGAAAGUUGACUGCCAGUGCCGUGUAUUCCUAUUCAGUGUCAAAACAAAAACGAUAGUUGAAAUCCCUGUGGUACGCACAUAGUACUGUAUGCACAGAGCAUCAAAUAUAAAUGCAUAAUUUGGCAGAAUGACUCACUGCAUCAUGUGGUGUUUUUUUGUCUUCUGUGAUUUUGUGGGUUGGCCCAUUUCUGUGUAGAGUUAGCAUAUUGGAACAAGAAGCAGAACAUUAUCAAGGUCUUACUUAGUAUGCUGACAACUUUUUUUUACUGGUUCUGUAAUGUGACAUGCAAAACCUGGUGAAGAGCUCACUGUUUCCCUGUCUCCACUCACCAGCUUAAUUUCUACAUGUAAAGUUGCUCAUUUUUAUACUUUUGAUAUGCCUUUAAGAGUGUUUUGCUCUCCUGCCUCGAACAGCUGUUGAUGUUUAUCUCUACUCAGUGAAAAGCCUUUGCAAAUGCACCUGAGGUUAAAAACACAGGAGCAGUCAAGGCCAUUUUAUUUCUGGUCUGCUGGCAACUUUCAACUUAACUAUUUCUAUUAUUACUUUCUGUUAUUCUCAGACUAAGGCUUAUAUUUCUCUACAGGCAGUGGCAAAGAGUGUUUUGGAAUGUAGUGUGCUAUUUUCCAUAACUGUGUUCAGAAAUAUAUAUUAAAAUAGGAGCAAGUGCAAAGUGGUAUCUGAUCAGGGAUCAGCUUCCAUGUAUUUUCAAGUGGAGCUUGACACAGGUGUCCUUCACAAUUGUGUGUGUGGUUUGUCACUGUAUCCCUCUAAAUGCAAAAUCAAACAAGAAGCCACCCUUUGUAGGCAGGCAACCAAUGAAUGAAACUGUAAAGAAAUAACAAGGUCAGUAUUCAGGCUGGGCACAGAGAACUGACAGUCCAGAUAACCAAUUUGAAAUUUAACAACUUGAGUGGCAAAGAUGGGUUAAUAAGCGCGCACCAAACAAGUUAGCUGAGAUUAGGACCAUCUAACAGGAACUAUAGCUAUUGCACCGUUAACAGUUUUUACUCAUAAGACAUCUUUGAAAGAUACUAUCUUGAAGGGAGAGGGGCAUAUACAUGAAUAAGAUAAAAUAAAUAGUUGAAUACCAGCAAAUACAGGUUGUUAGUGAGUUAUUUUCAGGGGAACGUGUGUGGUUUUGUUUUUAACAGGAUGGGGAAUACUGAAAACGGGUUUAUUUACAAUCUCAUAGUUUGUAGUUUUCAGAGCCCCUGCCCCAUCCUAGCCUUUUGUCUUUUUCUCAAAGGCCUGGCUAUCCUUUGUUGUUGUUGUCGGCAUUGUCUGAAUGCUUAAAAAAACAAAAACCCAAACAAAAAAAGGCAUGCCACCCUCUGGUGGCUGAAACUGAUACAGAAAUGCUUUUAUGUGUGAAGUCAGCUGAGAAUGCUGUGUAGAGAAUGCAAUGAACAAAUAUAUAUUGAACAUAGCACUGAAAUGAUGCAUUUCUUGUGGGUUAGGGUUAUGGAAAUGUGUCGCCCACAGCAGUUAUUUAAUUCAUUAUACCGCCUUUCAUCUGAAGGUCACAAAAACCCAUUCCCACAUUUUAGUUUAGUAUUUUGCAGAUGAGCUCAGCAUGGCUUACUUCUGAGUUGAUUGCACUAUUGAAGUCUCUCUUGUUUGAAAGGCUCCAUAGUCUUAGAUAAAUCUAGACAUUCAGUUAGCGAAAGGUGGAAUAACAAGUUCCCUUUGAUGACAAGAGGAGUAUUAACUAGUUGCUUCGUAAAACCACAAUCAUGAGUGUUCAUAAAAUGCUGGCUGCUCAUGCUGCCUGCAGGGUGGGGCUUUCUCUGUGGAGCCUCCCAGCAAAGAAAAACUGUACAGCCACAUAUGACUAGCAGGCACAUUUUUUACUACCCUUUAACCCAGGCAGAAAUGGUUCCGUUUCUUUGGAGCGACAAUAAUAGUUUCGUAACACUCAGAGUGGCCCUCUAUCUACUGGCUGCAAAACAAAAACAUGGGGAAAAAGUAGUUAGAUAAAAUUGCUGUAUUUUUUGGUAGCAAUUCGGAGGUUUAACCUGAAAUUAAGCUGUUGCUGUCUUUAGUAACUUCUCUCUUUUGGACAACAGAUGUUGGCAAAGUGGAUUUUAAAAUGGCAAAACAAUACAGAGGUACCUUGGUUUACAUACGCUUCAGGUUACAUAUGCUUCAGGUUACACACUCCGCUAACCCAGAAAUAGUGCUUCAGGUUAAGAACUUUGCUUCAGGAUGAGAACAGAAAUCGUGCUCCAGCGGCGCGGCGGCAGCAGGAGGCCCCAUUAGCUAAAGUGGUGCUUCAGGUUAAGAACAGACCCUCGGAAUGAAUUAAGUACUUAACCCGAGGUACCACUGUAUUAGAAUGGAAGAUGUCACAGAGAAGCACAAGAUGUGUUGUAAUGCUCAGAAGCUUUGCAAAAAAAUAUUUUAUUGAUUUAUGUUCCGUAUUAUAUUAUUGAAACUAUUGCUUAACACAAGUUUGCCAUGGCCUUUGGCUUGAACAAUAAGCCUGUUAGCUUUUUUACUAUCCUUUGAGUGAUCUAGCUUUAUAUGCGGAGCUCUGGAAGUAUCAGAAAAUGCAUUCGCAUUAUGGGGUUGGUUCAGCAAAUGGGCUUCGAUAUUCUCACGCUAUCUAUCCUAGGCCUUAAGACGUGCGUGAAGUCGUAGAAAUCGACGGAGCUGGAGGGGCCCAACCCCGCGCAGAAUCGGGCUACAAAUCUGACUCGUGUUCAUAUGGAGGGGCUGAGAAUUUUACCCACGAAGCUCAGAUCACAAGCUGAUAAGGAGCUGCCUGCUUUUGAGAAAUUCUCAUUUAUCUACCCAUAUCCCCUGAGCAUGUGCAGAGCGCGCAUAGUUCCUGAGCAACCCACAUAAGCCGGAGUCGGGCAAGGGGGAAAGAGCUUCCAGGUUACGGAGUGUGACUGCCAGGCGGGUUUGAGCCUCGGCGGCUCUCAUUUUGGAAAUGACGCACGAAUCGCACCUCGAAAGCUCCGCCCCCUAUUUUUAUUUUUUAAAAAUCUGAUUGAUUUAUUUAUUUAUUAACGCGGCGCCUUAACGUUUCUUUCGUUUCCCUGGGUGCUGAACCCUUCCUCUCCUUCCUCUUUCGUCGCCCCGCCCGUCGCUCACGGUCGUUCGCCGACUUGACUGGCUAUCUCCGCUGUCCGUCUUGAGCAGCGGGCAAGCCGAUUAGUCCAUUCCUUUCCUUUCGCCGCGGCGGUUGGUUGAGAGAAGCAAGGGUCCUUGCCUUGCCUCCCGCCCACCCCGCCGCCUCGCGCCUCUCUUUACUAGAGACAGAGAGACGAUUGGCCCGCCGGCACCCUCUCCUCCUUCCUAUGGGACGGAAACGACGUAGUCCCGCCUCCAACCGCCUCGCCUCGUUUCGUUUCCCCUUUCGCUCGCUCCCCCCCCCCACUUUUAAGGUCCGUCUCGCGCGGCGCUGUGGGCCCCGCGGAGUCGGGAUGAGCCGCGCUGCUUCCCCAUGGAGACCAAGCGGGCCGAGAUUCCCAGCGGCGUCCUGGACGACCUGUGCAGGUAUUAACGCCUCCGCCCCCACAAGCGGGGAGGCGGCCGGCUGUGGGGAAGGGCCGGAGCGAGACCUCCCGGGGGUCAGUAGCGUCCGAAGCCCCUUCUUCCUCCUCUGGGAGCUGGCGAAGAGGCGGCCGCCCUUCAGGCGGGACCCGAGAGAGACACCGCGUCGCCUUCCCUCAGUUAAAAGUCCCGCCAGGCUUAGAAUCCCGCGGCUCAGAAUUGCCCAGAAAUUGGUGGUGCCGGUUAAUUAGCUAUAAGCUAAAGUGGCGGGGAGGGAGAGGGAGUCGUUGGUUGUACAGGCGGCUUUAAAGUGCGCGCGCUCUUACGACGCGUGUCUCUGUGUGCGAGACUGUGUGUGUGUGUGUGUGUGUGUGUAUAUAUAUAUAUAUACACACACACACACAUAUAUAUAUACACACACACACACACACACACACACAUAUAUAUAUAUAUAUACACACACACACACACACACACACACACACACAGUAUACACACACACACACACGCAAUGCACAGAUAUAUAUACUGAACAUAGUACUGAAUAUAUACACAAGUACACACACACGCAAGUAUAUAUUGAAUGUAGCACUGAAAUGAUGCAUAUUUUUGUGGAUUAGGGUUAAGGAAAUGUGUCGCCCACAGCAGUUACUUGAUUGAUUGAUUGAUUUUCUAUGCCGCCCUUCACCUGAAGAUCACAUACACACACAAAACCGUUCCCAAGUUUUAAAAUGGAAAGUUCAUGCCGCUAUGAAGUUGCGAAAUGAAGAUUAGGUAGUCAUUUUGCAGCACAAGUCAGUAUAGCUACUGUUUUUGAAGUAACAUCCACAAUGUGUUUUGACAAUAGGUGGUUUUGUAAAUAGUUUUGUUAGACUUUUGGUGUUACUGUAUUGUACACAUAGCAUGUGCAGCUUGAUGGAACUAUUAUACUCCCACCCUGUGUACGUCUUUUACAGUGUACUGUACAGUCAUACCUCUGGUUGCAUUUGCUUCAUGUUGCGGAUUUUCGGGUUGCAAGUGCAGCAAACCCAGAGGUGCUCUAUUGCACUUUGUGCACGCACAGUAGCAGCACUCUACUUACAGACUUUUCAGGGUGCGAAUGGCACCCCGAAACAGAUCACGUUCGUAAGUAGAGGUACCCCUGUAGUCCAGUGCAUGUUUAUCAUAUAUAUAUGAAAAACGUUUCCCAAGUCUGUUUUGUGGCUUCCCGGGAGCAUUAUGGCAUAUCCUCCAACAUUUGUGAAAAUAGAGAUGCCUCCUUCCAUGGCAUUUUUAACUGUGAAGGGACAGUUUUGAAGGAUCCUUUUAGGGAGUGGUCAUGUUGGACUUGGUAGAGGUGCACUUGUUGUUACCUCCAAGUCAAAUUCCAUCCCCAUUUCCCCUUUUUAGGUCUGGUGUCAAAAGGAAACAAGCAGCUUUAAAACACCCAGAUCUGGCAUCUGGGCACUGCUUUCUACUGCUGCUGUUCAGACAUAGUAUGAGGGCAGUGCACAUGUGCAGAUCUCAACCACUACAGUUGUUGUUUUUUUGUGGGGGGAGGGAAUCCCUCUAAAAAACGGAACACAAUUUUUAGAUACACUGUAGAAAUCCAGUUUUGCCCCCAUUUAGUGGAUCUGUAUGGCGGAUACUUGGUUUACCAACAGGAUAGCAGUCAGAGGGAGAACUCAUCCACACAGUAUUGAAAUGUAAUGAGAUGGUGUGGAAGGUGAGAGAGAAGGGUAGAUAGGCAAGAGAGAAUAUCAAAGGGACUGCUGCUCUGGAAAUAUUGCUUUUACCAAGUAGGGCUGCCAGCUUAUUUAUCAGUUUUGCUUCUGACAACACACUGAAAUGUGGAGAAAAAGUAGACGAUGCUUUUCACAUCAUUUUGCUUUCAUACCACUUACUUAAUGUUUGCAUGUUAAGGCAAUGUCAAAGGGAGAGAAGCCAGUAAAAGAUGUUAGCUGUUCCUCCUCAUCUUGGCAUGUGCCUGUAAAUGUAUUCUGUGCUCCCAGCCUGGUAUUUCCCAGCAAAUUUAUUGAAUUCUUGCUAUCCAGAAGAAUGCUCAACCAUCCAGGAUCAGUUAUUAAAUUCCAGAAUUAACAUCUUUGCUAACCCCUGUCGUACAAUAAUGAUUUCUCAAUGAUCUAAUAUUAUUAAGUGAGAUGAGAAGCCCCAGGCAUGCAAAAAUUAAAUAUCUGGCAAUUAUUGUCAAACUGAACCUGUUAGAUGAGAUAAAAAGGUAAAGGUAAAGGGACCCCUGACCAUUGGGUCCAGUCGUGACCGACUCGGGGGUUGCGGCGCUCAUCUCGCUUUAUGGGCCGAGGGAGCCGGCAUUUGUCCGCAGACAGCUUCCGGAUCAUGUGGCCAGCAUGACUAAGCUGUUUCUGGCGAACCAGAGCAGUGCACAGAAACGCCGUUUACCUUCCCACUGGAGCGGUACCUAUUUAUCUACUUGCACUUUAACAUGCUUUCGAACUGCUAGGUUGGCAGGAGCAGGGACUGAGCAAUGGGAGCUCACCCCAUCACGGGGAUUCGAACUGCUGACCUUCUGAUCAGGAAGACCUAGGCUCUGUGGUUUAACCCACAGCGCCACCCACGUCCCUUGAGAUACAAGCGUGUUAAAUGAUGCUUAGACUUCAUAAAUUUGGGGUUCUUCUUCCUAAGGCGGGUACACCUGUUUCAGUCUAAAAUACUUUCUGGUCUCCCAUAUUUGAGAUAGGAAACUGAGCUUGAGAAAAUAUGGCAUGUCAGAAGGAACUCUGUACAAACUCUAUGCCCUACCUAGUCCUUACUUUACCCAUCGAGUUGCAUUGAACAGUGUUAUGAGGGUUGCAGGGCAAGAACAAUUACUCUGUGUAAGUAAGAAGUCCAGCCAUGAAACAAAUCAACAGAUUCAUGUCAGACUUUGAUGUGGUGGCCAAUUUGAAUUAUUUUAUCCUGGCUUUUUAAACCGGGUCCAUUGCUAGGCCAAGAGGAGAAGGAGAGGAAGGGGAAAUCCCAUUGUGCCCAGGGGCAUGCAUGAUGUUGGAUCUCACCCAAAGUAUGCCUUUAGCUUCAGAAUAGUGGUGUGCGUUUUUUGCUUAUUCAUAUUUAAUUGAUUAAAACUCACAAUUAAUAAAAUAUUGAAUCAAAUUAAUAACAUGAAAGUCCAUUUAUAACCAAUCCAGUCAUUACAGAACUCACUAUGAGUUUUUGACCUUAAAUCAACUUGUUGCUGGAUAAUACUGCAACAUGAAACUCACCUGUUUUUUGGUCAAAAUGAAAACAGCUCCCAAAAAGUCCUUUCUCUUUGCUUGGUUUAAGUUGUAGGAAGAAAUACAAAUAACAUUAACCAAUAAAUUUAAAAUAUUUAUUUGCAUCCCCAAAGUGUUUUCGGUACAACACUAAAACCUGAUGUUAAAAUCCCACCCCAGCAGCUUUUCUGAAAAAAUAUGCACUCAACUGAGGCCACAGCUUUUAUUUGAUAAUAAAACUAGAAUUAUGUAUCUCACAAAGAGCCUCUCUUCAUCCACCUAGUAUGUAUGUAAGUUUCAAACGUUAAAUGCUCUCUGCUUCAGCUACCUAUUACACACAAAAUAACCAUAAUGGCCAGAAGCAAGGCUAUUACACAAGUAAUGCAAGCCUGUUGAACAUCUUCACUCAGAUGCCUAUACUAGCUUUUAAGAGGGUUUGCAAGGCACAUCUUUUUCAGUUGGCCUUAGUUCAUUAGCUUUUGUUGCUAGAUUUAUCUUAGUCUUGCAUUGCAUUUUUAUCUGUUAUUAGCAGUCAUUGUAAUACACGUUAAGUUAUGAAAAGGCAGUAUACAAGUGUAUUAAGUAAAAUAAAAAAAUAAGUAUUGUCAAAUAUUACAAACAUCCUGACAAUUCCUGCAUUUUUAUAACCCCCUCAAAGCUUUCAAGUGAAGUUCAUGGCGGUGGUGCUGAAUCAUGGAGAGCUGAAAGCAUUUGAAGGUCCUAUGUAAACCAUAGUAUUUACUCAUCUGUAUGAAGCUUAAGGAUUCUAAUCUCAUGGUGGCUGAUGGGCGGUUGUCACUAAAAUGUCCCAGAUCUUGAAUACAUGUCUUGAAACCUAUGUGUGGCUUCUUUUUAAGUAUGUGUGGUCCUUUUCAAAUAAACGUUUUUGACUUUGCACUUGCUGUUUUUGUAAUUUAGGAGUUCUUCGUGCUUCAGAUGUUUCAGUGGCUAGUUCAUAAAAUUAUUUUCUCCCUCCCAAUAGUCGAUUUAUUCUGCACAUUCCCAGCGAGGAACGGGACAAUGCCAUCCGAGUGUGUUUUCAAAUUGAGCUUGCCCAUUGGUUUUACUUGGAUUUCUACAUGCAGAACACACCAGGAUUACCUCAGUGUGGGAUAAGAGAUUUUGCUAAAGCUGAUAUCCUUUCUGUAUUGCUGUGUCUUUUUGUAGUCUUGUGAACUAUGCGUGGUGAAACUGUGUUCAUGAGUGCCAUCCAGGAAGCUGCCUCAUACUGAGAACAGACUGCUAUUCUUAUUUGCCCGUUUAGCUCACUAUUGUCUACACUGACUGGCAGCUGCUCUCCAGAGUUUCAGAUAAAAGUAUUUCUCAGCCCUACCUAGAGAUGUCAGGUCCCUGGCAAUUUACCUGUGUCAUGAGACACUUGAGAGUAAGCUCUUUUGAAAUCAUUCUGAUUAGGUUUUAAGGCAAGGGAUCUCCAGAAUUGGAAUUUAUGAAGUUCUUCACAGUAAGCACCGCUGCACGUAUUUAUGUGUGCUUUAUGUUACUUUUUUUAAAAAAUGUGCUUCUUACACAAUUUCUAUGUGUUUGGAGGUGGGAAUGGCACAGAAUUUCACUCAUUGUUAAUGCAGAGUGGGCUGUCCUUUCUACAGAAAUGAAUGGGGAAAUUGGUUUGUGCAGGAGUGAGUGCCCUUUGUUGGAAUGCAUGCACAGCUCUGGCCUGGAGGCAUUAGAAGUAGAUUCUGUUGAUUUUUGUGGUUCCUGUUGCUAUGUAAUGAAUGCAUGUAAAACUGGAAAAUGCCAAUCAUCAGCUCAUGCUUUUUCUGGGGUGGGGGUAGCAUGCAUUCUAAAAUUACUUUAAGCUGUUGUUUCUCACCUGCCUGGCCACAGCCGAUUAUUAGGCUUCUUACUGCUGCAUGCCAUUCUCUUAGGCAGAGACUUUUAAAAAGAAGUGCUAUGAUUUAUAUACUACUUUUAGACUGCAAAAUUCACAGAGUGGUUGAAGCUAUAACGUUAAAACCCAUUUAUAGGACAGGCUAAGUGUGCUUCUGGGGCGUACGGUACUCUCAGCAGCACCCGAUCUGAGGAACGCAGUUGCCUUGCAGGGAAAUAUGAUAGAGCAGAACCCUCCCAACCCACAGAGACAAUCCAGAGGGAAUAUUCCUCUGCCCAUCUACUUGCAUAGGUCAUCAAGAAGGGAAACAAGGCAGCUUUCUGACCCGAAAGCUGACUGAGAAUAAUGUAUAACCAAGAGAGUGGUGUUGGACUGUUUGGCCACUGUGAUAACAGAACGGUAGACUAGAUGGGCCUUUUGCCUGACAGGAUUCAGUGAUGAUUUCUCGAACUGGGCCUCACGACUGCCCCUUCAGGGCAUCAGGAACACAUCCUACCCCAAAGGACACUGGCCAGCUUGUACUGCUAGCUCUUUGCUAGCUUUAAGGUGGUGGGGGUGGUGAAAUACGUGUUUCAAAUAGAUGUUUCAAACUAUGAAAGCAUCCCUAUGGAAACUUAAAGUGCCUCAAGAUUCUUCACAGGCAACAAGGCAAGGUCCCGUCCCCCCAUUAUUCCCAUGACAGUUCUUAAGAAAAACCAACCCACUGGUGUUAAAGCUCAUGGUGUGAACGUUCCCUCAUUAAUGUCAGUGAUUAUGAUUUGCUGGAGAAAAAAGAAAGGAAACAUGAUUUGAGGAGUGAAAACGUGUGUCCUGGUGGAGUGAAUUUCCUUGACUACCUAUACUUUUCAGUCAUUGCCCUUUUUUACUGCCUCAAGGUGAAGAUGUGCAGAGGGUUUUAGAUGAAUGGAAAGAGUACAAAAUGGGAGUGCCAACCUAUGGUGCCAUUAUUCUUGAUGAGAGCCUUGAAAAUGUAAGUCAAACUGAUCUGAAGGAUUUCUUUUUAUAUCUUGGAAAAUGGAAUUAAUAUUGAUUUAGAUUUUAACAUUAAAAUCAACUUACUGUAUUUUUCGCCUCAUAGAACGCAGCUAGGUUUUUUGGGGGGGAAACAAAGAAAAAAAAAUUUAUUUCCCCCCCAGGCGCGGGGCUGGCGCGGGGGAAGCCCGAGCUUCCCCCGACCCCAGCCCCCAGAACAGCCUGCUAUCCGCAAGCCUAGGGAGCCCGGUGCGACUUUGCGCCGGGCUCCGGAUGAGCUGCGCGGAGCUGCGCGCCCAGCGCUCGAGGCUGCAGGCAGCUCCGCGCAGCCGUCGGGAGCCCGGCGCGACUUCGCACCAGGCUCCGGAUGGCUGCGCAGAGCUGCGCGAAGGCCGGGGCUGCUGGCAGCUCCGCACAGCCGUCGGGAGCUGAGCGCGACUUCGCGCCGGGCUCCGGAGGGCUGCGCAGAGCUUCCUGAAGCCUGGAGAGCGAGAGGGGUCUGUGCGCACCGACCCUCUCGCUCUCCAGGCUUCAGCGAAAGCCUGCAUUCGCCCCAUAGGACGCACACACAUUUCCCCUUCAUUUUUGGAGGGGGAAAAGUGCGUCCUAUAGGGCGAAAAAUACGAUACUCAAGUGCGACUAUUUCAAACUCUCCUAAACAAUACCUUUUUAUGUAAAUACUAGUUUUAUAAUUGAAUAAUAUAUAUCAUUUGAGAUUCUUCCCCUCACUAUAAGAGAAGAAUGUGUGCUGGAUUUCCUCCCCACCAUUUAUUUUGGUGUAUCAUUCUUGUAAAUAUGAAACUUUCCCAGUCCCACUGGUGCUUAACACAAUUUCAUGCCCUCCAACUACUUCUCUUCUUCUAAGUGCUUAAUUAUGUCUUGAAUUGACUGCUUAAAUUUUGCAGGUGCUGCUGGUCCAGGGUUAUUUAGCAAAGUCUGGCUGGGGAUUUCCAAAAGGAAAAGUGAAUAAAGAGGAAGCUCCACAUGACUGUGCUGCUAGAGAGGUGACUGAGUUGCUUUUAUGCUCAAAAUGAGGUCUCUGACAUGUUCCCAUGUGCCUCAAGUGCAUGUACCAUGUUAGUGUUUUUCUAUGAGGUGGUGAUUUUUCUGUCCCCUGAUAUAUGACAAACGUGGAUAUAAAUUUUUACGUUGUUGUUGCUGCCAUUCCUAUGCAUUCAUUGACAUUCAGUCCAAUAAUAUUGUACACAGUUAUGUAAGAAUUGCUUUAAAGAAGAGGUAUUAAUCCUGUUUAUAUAUUGGUCAUACUUUGUGCCAAGUGGCAUAAGAUAGGGAAACUGGUUGUUGUAGGGCAAGGCUUGCUCUAUGGACAGCCUCCUUGGUUGCUUUUCCUGCUAUGUAACCAAUUUCCCUUUCUCAACAUAAAAUAUAAACUUGAUGUGCUUUUGUGGUGAAAGACAAAGUAAACAUACAGGAUCGCAAUGCACGUCAUCUUGAGUAACUUCCUCCCCAAUGGGUUUUUGAGUUGCUUGCUGUCAUUUUUUUAAAAAAUGGCUCUUCACAUUUUUAGUACUGCGAGUGAGAGACAACAGGGAAUUCUAUAAUCCCCUAGCUGUGUAAAUAUUCUCUGGAAUUAAUAUGAAGCAUGAAAAAUAUUUUAAAUUCAUAGAUGCCAUUAUCUGUGUUAAGAUUUUCUAUAUAGCCGAUGUAAUAAAUAGGUUAUAUCUCUGGAAUAAAAUUGGAUGACGUUAUAGGUAACUCGCAGCUUUCGUGCUUUUAACAUGUGUAAUUUCAACUUUCCUGACCCAACCAGUGCCGUAUGAGUCUUACCCCCUACCUCACCUCACCCCAAGCAAGGCAGAGAGCUUUUAAGAUCUCAAAGUAUACUCCAAAAGCCUGAAAACAAGGCAGAGAGCUUAGAAGCUCUUUUUGUGCAGGGUUUUCCCAAUGAGCAUGAAGGGUAUGGCCUAGAACAUAUUCAGUGCUUUCCUGCACACUUCAAGAGAAGGUGGCUGUGAACAAACUGUCUUUCAAGGAUGCUUGUUUGCUAGCAUUGAUUUCAUAGAGGAAACCCUGAUGAGCUUCUAAGGAUGUACAGGAUUCCCAGAAACAGUUUAAAAACUGCUGAAGGGGAUAGCAUUAAUAAUAGUGGAUGAUUCAGAGAAACUGGAAGCUACUGGAAGCAUCAAAUUUCUCUAAAUUGUGUCUUGUAUUGAGAAAAUGCUUUGAGAUGCAUGCAUAUAAAGCGGUAUAGAAAUAUCUGUAAUAAAUAGUUUGCUAAAAUUGAGAAAGGAUCCACCUACUCUUUUCAUUUUGGGCUCUUCAGUAUAUUUAUAAGAUGUGCAAUUACCCUAUUAUAAAGUUUUUUAUUUGUCAAAACUUGUUGUAGAGAUUGUUGAAUAUUUUUGGAUAGCUUUGCAGUGUAUGUUUGAUUUUUAAAAGAAUCUCUUUUUAAAGCUGUAGUGAAGAGCUUGUAUUUUCACUCACAUAUAGUUCCCCAAGUGAAAAGUAUUAGUCAACUUUUUCAUUACUUUGAGCUAUAAAGUGAAAUAACUAGUUACAUAGCAGCUAAAAUGCAAAUGCAAUUUUUUACUCUGGCCUGUGUAUUUUCAGGUAUUUGAAGAAACUGGUUUUGAUAUAAAAGAUUACAUCAAUAAAGAUGACUAUAUUGAAUUGCGAAUAAAUGAUCAGCUGGCACGCUUGUACAUCAUUCCAGGAAUUCCAAAGGACACAAAAUUUAAUCCCAAAACAAGGAGAGAGAUUCGGGUAAAUAGACUUACAUGCGUGUGUUUUUUUGUAAGGUCUGAUCAAAUCAUUGGGUAUUGAGAAAAUAAUGAUUUAUGCGGGACUAAAGCAGUGGACCAUUCUCUAGUGCACCAUUCCGGUAUGCAGGACACCAGUAUCAUAUUGUUGUCUUGUUUGUUAGAGUCACAUGGAAGUAUUCAUAUUGCAACAGCAAAUGCAUGCUGUUUUCUCAUGAUAUAUUACUUGUAUGCCCCAUUUUUAACAUCCAUUGCUCAUCAGGCCUACUUCAUGAAGUCCAAGCCCUGGGGUUGCGGGGAACCUGAUUCCAUAGGCACUUUGCACUGUUUGAAAACUGUAGGCAAAGAAAAUAGAAGCGGGUCAAGGCAACAUGCAUAUUAGGGGUGAUCUGCAGUCUAAAUGGUUUGGUUUGCACAUAACACUAAACCUCGACCUGGCAUUAUGUAUGAACCAAGCCUUUCAGCUUAACUUUUAUUACCUAAGGAUAAAGGUUGCCAGUUAAACAAGUUUUGUAGUUGGUUUAUAAACCUUAGUUAACAAUUACCAUAACUUAGUGUUAUGUAUAAAUCUGGAUGUCCUUAACCAUGGUUAAGAUGCCGUCAUGGUCCAAAAACUACAGAACCCUGGGUGAAGAGUGGCAACAAAAUCAUGACUGCUCUUAAGGCUUAACUGCUCUCUAUUCUGUGAUGUACUAAACCAAAGUUUGUCUGCCAGACACCUCAGAUUUAACCAUGGCUUACUAAUUAUGGUUAACAUUAUCUACAGUUAACACUAACCAUGGUUUAGUGUUAUGUUUGAACCAGAUCAACAUCUUGGAAGAAAUUGCAGCACAUUGAGCGUUUUUUGGCAGUUGAGGGGGGGAUAUUCUGAGUUUUCUGUUUUGGGUGGGUCUGCAACAUAUAGAACUGAAUUUUAAUCAGUCAUUUUCUAGUGAUGGCAAAGCAUGCUGUUUCCUGAUUAGGUGCAAUGUGAUUUCAGAUUGUUAUCCCUGUCCAUUAUUUAUGUGUAAUAUAAGGAAUCUCUUUUCUGUGUUUCAGAACAUUGAAUGGUUCUCAAUUGACAAAUUGCCUUGCCAUAGAAAUGAUAUGACUCCGAAGUCCAAGUUGGGUUUGGCACCUAACAAGUUUUUCAUGGCCAUUCCCUUCAUCAGGUGUGUUCAGGACGAGAGAGAGAAAAACAGUCCUUUAUAUUUCACCUCUGUGUUGAGGAAAUUUUUAUUUUUGUUUUCUAAAAUUUCCCCUAAGAAGCUGGAUGUUGCUGACCCAAUAUUACCUUCUCCACAGACCACUGAGAGACUGGCUUUCUCGACGGUAUGGAGAUUCUUCUGAUAGUGACAAUGGAUUCUCAUCAACUAGUAGUAGCACACCACCUAAACCCAACAUGGAAAAAAUGAGGUAACAAUCUCUCACUUUGAAAUCUACCAGUAACCUUAUAGCCAUUAUAUAUAAUUUUAAUGAAAUAAGUGAUAUUUCCUUGUUCAGAUGAAACAUUCUCUCCCUCUUGACCCCUAAAUCUGUUCUGGGGUUCCCCCAACCCUAUGAAGUCAAUUUGGGAUUGGUGUGGGGCAUGUAUAGGGGAGGAAAAGGAGGAACUCCCAUAGUGUGAGUGGGAUUUGUUCUAUUUGUGCAUUAUUUUUUAAAAUAUAUAAUUUUUUAUUGAUUUUCCAAUAUUGUUCCAAUAGCAGCUUCAUUAUAACAAUACCAAUUUUAUCCAAUUAAUACAGUUAUUAAUGCCAAUUAUUCAACUGUCAAAUUAUACGAUUUAAUUAAAUUGGCCCCCUUGCAUGCUAGAGUUGAUGAGUUGAUUCUUCUCCUUUUUUUCUGCGUUCCAAAAUUUUAAUAAUUUCCAUUCAGAUAUAAUAACCCCCUGUAUAACAGCUACAAUCUUGUGAUUUCUAUUCGUGUUGGUAUUAUAGAAAAUUUAUAAAGUUUCAAGUGAGGAACUUUAGCUGUAAUCCUUAUUCUUUCCUGCGUGUGACAGUUUUCUCUUUGACAGUUUUCUCACCAUUCAUAUAUGGUGUUGUAGUCUUCAUUCCUGUUGUUGCCCCAGGAGAAGCUGUUAUCUCAGUUUCCAAAAGUCACUGCAUCGCUUCAUCCCGUGAUUCGGCUUCUAGUAAACAAGCCAUCUUCACCAUUUUUCCAGCCUAGGAAGAAUGGUCUGAAUCCAGACUGCAGACAGUUAAUCCAAAAACUUCUAUUCCCGCAGCUUGUAGACUCUUUUGCUCCCUACUGCUGAUUUAUGACCAAUUAUCUCAAAUACAUUCCUUUGGAUAAUGGAGGUUAGGGAGGAUUUUGCUCUGUGUUUCAAAGCAUAGCAUCCCCCCCCGCCCCAGUUCCUAUUUUGUUAAAUUCCAUACAGUAUUAUAUUCCAACUUCUUCCAUCCUCAUUUGUGCAGAUAUUUUUAAUAAAACUUGCAGUCCCGGGGAGGGUUGCCGUAUCAUAAACGUAGAGAAAAACUUUAAAGAAGCAAACUGUGGGCUCCCCUCCCUCCAUUGUCUCUUUCACCAAAUGAAAUCUCUCAGUCCAAACCUUUUACAUCCUUGUAGAUGGGUUGUUUUUGCAGUUUCUUAUCUCAUCGUCUCUGGCACGCGCCUGUAGUUUACUCCAAUUAGAAUCCAAUUAACAGGAUAACCUGUGCUUCCAGGAAUGGGAUCGGGGGGGUGUCAUGGCAGCCAGAGUGCUCCAUGCACCCAGUGCCUUUGCCUGCCCUCUCAUUCCAUGGGGAAGCGAGUGCCAGACCGCCAGGCAAACUGCAGACGAGAGCCUGGUACCUCUUUCAACCAAAGAGAAAUGCAGAUAAUGAAAUUCCUCCAUCUUUAUUAGUGUUGGGAGAGAGUCCAUUCCUGGUGCACUGGAAACAGGAAGCUGCCAUUUGUGCAAUUAUUUAGCUGAAUACCACUCCAAGCAUUGUCCAUAACACCUAAAUGGAGCGAAAGAAUGAUGGAAUGUUCUAUUAAUAAUGUUCUAUUUUACAGAAGUGUUAACCAGUAUAGAUGUUGGAGGAAAAAAGACUUGCAGUACAAUCCCAUACAUUUUUAGCUCAAAGUAAAACCUGUUACAGUGGUACCUCCGGUUACGAACUUAAUUUGUUCCGAAGGUCCGUUCUUAACCUGAAACCGUUCUUAACAUGAGGCGCACUUUCGCUAAUGGGGCCUCCUGAUGCUGCUGCGUGAUUACUGCUCGCAUCCCGGGGCAAAGUUCACAACCAGGAGCAUCUACUUCUGGGUUAGCGGAGCUCGUUACCCAAAGCGUUCAUAAGGAGGACAGUAUGUAACCCGAGGUUCCACUGUAUGUGCAAAGGGCUUAUUCUCAGUGAAAGUGUAUGUGGAUGCUGAGAGUACAUAACUAUCAUCAUUAGCAUUAUCAACAGCAGUGGUAUUAAUACAUUUGGCAUCUAUGUAAGUGGUACUUUAAUUAGAACAGAUUUGGCUGGUCCUUUCCCCGAAGGACUUGCAGUCUAAACAUAAGCAGAAGGAAGAAAAUGGAGGAAGGGGUAAACAGUGCCAUUAUUUCAAUAUUUCAGCCUAGUUACAGUAGGGUAUCAGGACUAGGGAAUUGUUCCAAAGACCCUCCAGAAAAGUUUUGAGGAAGGUUUUGAAGGGAGCAAGGGAGGCAUAAGGAAUAGCAAGGGCUGAGUCAUUUCAGGGGACAGGAGAUUUCUGGACCACUGAGCAGUGUGGAUCAAGAAGAGUGAAAGGAUAUGUUGGGCUGUUAAGACAGAAGUACUAGGUAGUUCUAUGGCUAUAGGACUGCAGUCUUUACAACCUAAAUUAAGAUUGGUUAUAGCUUGUUGCUUGGCAGGACAUCAGUGAAAGUCUUUGAAAACAGCAAAUUCUUGAGUUGCCGUACCAAUAAUUAAGGACGACUGAACAGGUGUUUGGUAAACUGACAUAUGAAAUGUAGCUGCCUUCAGUAUUCUGAAUCAAAUGGCAGUCUACAAAUCAAACAGAACCACAGGCAAGUUCACCUACAGUUCAUUGCAAGUGCUGAAUAUGUAUGAAUUGUGCAGUAGUUUAAAAUACUGCCAGGUACCGCUGUAUGCUUGUAUCAUGGGUAUUCAAUAAAUGCAUUGAACUGCAGGAAAAUGUUAUUCAGUGAUGUGGCAUUUUGGUUCACUGGCCCUUUCUUUUCCCCAGAACACAAAUUUAACAAACACUGUUUACAUGCAGGCUUUACAGUUCCAUAUUGGAAAGAGACAUUUGCAAUAAAUCUCAUAUUGUCUUUUCUUUAAACCACCCCUUGGUUCCAGACAUAUGAGAAUGGACACUUUUGUAUGGACAGUGGAGCAAUGUGUCUGCCUCUGUGAUACAUGUGGAUGUUUCUGUGAUUUGCUGAUGAUGUGGCAAAAUAAUGUAAUGCACAUAAUGGUAAAAUUUCCACAAGCCUAACUUGGUCACACCUUUGUAGAGAUGAAAAGAUUGUGGAAUUGGCCACACAUGCCCCAGGACCUUCUGGUGAAGGGCAGGUUGAAUAAUAUACUCUGCAUCUCUCAUUACUUGGUAUGUACUGUAGUUGACAUCUCUGCUGGUCCACCAUGUGUGUAGAAUUGCAAGCAUGUAAAUGAUCAGUGAACCCUUAGUUGCUCCAGUGCCAUUGGCAUCAUUUGAUGAGUGCUGCUCAAUGAAAUUUUCCUAGUGCAGUGGUGUUUUUCCCCCCCCUGUUAAUUGCUAUCAAGACAGGUGACCCCCUGGCCGGCACCGUAUUGUACCUUGUCACUAUAAGCAUUGGCAAGCAAUGAAUCUGAGUGGACUGAGAAUCAUGCAUUUGUCAACAGCAAUCGCCACUUUGCAGUGCCUUUGAAACAAGCAGUAAUGCCCUAAAGAGGAAAUCUAUAACAUACUGUUGCAAUGGUUAAUUGGCAAAUAUAGUCUCAUGUAGGGAAUACCUAAGCAGUUCGAGUUAAAGCUGUUGUGAUCAUAAUCUGCUGUUGAUCUUUUCUAAACAAGCUCCCCCCUUUUUUUGAUGGAUUAGAUCCAAACUCCAUUAUAGCCAGCCAGUGGUUACAGAUGGUCCUUCAGGAGAGCAGUGGACGAAACAAAGGCAGUUGCAGCAACAGAAGCCAUAUAACAAUCAUUUUGAGACGUCUGAUGCGUUAAAACUAAAGGUGAGUUUCUUUUUAAUACAUUUUUGUGCUAGCUCAAAUUCUGUGAAACUUGGUUUUCUGUGUACAUGAGGCAUUUUAACUUUCAAACUUCACAAGCUUGUGUCUUAAGGGAAUAAGACUGUAUACCGUAUUUUCCGCCCUAUAGGACGCACUUUUCCCCCUCCAAAAAUGAAGGGGAAAUGUGUGUGCGUCCUAUGGGGCAAAUACAGGCUUUUGCUGAAGUGCGCACCGACCCCUCUCGCUCUCCAGGCUUCAGGAAGUUCCACGCAACCCUCUGGAGCCCGGCGCGAAGCCGUGCCGGGCUCCUGAGGGUUGCGCAGAGCUGCCUGGGCUCCGCGCAGCUCCGCGCAACCCCCCGGAGCCCGGCGCGAAGCCACGCCCAAAGGUUGCACAAGCUCCCAGAGUGCUGCGCGCAGCUUCGGCAUCGCUCUGGGACCCGUUCUGGGGGCUGGGGUCGGGGGAAGCCUGGCGGGGGGAAAAAAUAUUUCCCCCCCUUUAUUCCCCCCCCCCCAAAAUCUAGGUGCGUCCUAUGGGCCGGUGCGUCCUAUAGGGCGAAAAAUACAGUAUAUUACGGUAAUCGGAGAAUUACUAAGCAUAUGCACAGUACUUUAAUCAUCUGCAAUUUAGUUAUCAAAUUUCAUUCAGUUUAAUAUAUGCAUAAGCAUACAGGAUGUGGCCAUGGAUUUUUAACUUCAGUUCCUUCUUUUUCUUUGUGUGGUGGUUUGCUCAGAACCCACGUAGCAAUGGUAGAAAGCAAUACCAAGACACUCCCAAUCAAAAGAAGAAAACUAACGGAGUGCAAAGUCAGCCAGCUAAACAGAACCAAACUUUGGUAAGUUGUUUAAUGGUAAAUAAGAAGUGUAAACUACAUUGAGUGGUCAGCAGUGCUGUAGAAUCACAGAGGUAUCAAGAAGAUUUCAGUGAUAGUUGGAGCUGCAGGUGCCUUCACAGUGCCCUCACAGCAUGAGAUAGGCUGUGGACAGAUAAAAUGUUGGCUUAGACACUGUCAGCUUCUGGACUUUUGCUGCUCUUGAGACCUGUCCCAGAUUUUGGCUGGGUUUAAAAAGGAAGUGGGGGAGUGUCCUCUCGUAACUUUAUUUGGAUUUGCCCAGAAGUAGUUGAGAAGAGUCUCUUGUGCUUCCUAUUGGUAAACUUCCACUCAAAAGUAAUCCUGGGGAGGAUAGCAAAAGUUGUAACGGAUUCAUGUGUUGCUCAGUUAGCUAGAAAAGAAUGCAAAGUAAAGGGGUUAGAGCUUGCAGUAUGAGUUGCCACAGGACAUACAUAUGCUUUCAGAUUUCUGUAUGUGGUGAAAGACCAUCAGGUUGUGGUAACCUUCCAUGAAGUUAGUUUGGCCUGCAAAAGAGAUUCUUCUUUGUAGCUUUCAAGGUAUAGCAACCUAAUUCUGCAUUUUUAAAUAUAUCUAUGUGGUAAGAGGCAUCUCUUCUGCACUCUUCAUCCGUUGCCAGAUACAUUUAAAACAAAACUCAAAACUAAUACAAAACCCAAACUCAUACAGUUAUCUUCUUAACCAGAAAUGUGAAAAGAAGUUACAUCCCAGGAGACUUCAAGAUAAUUUUGAAACAGGUAAGUAUGCAUAUGCUACAUUUUGAGGUUUGCACUUUUGCUGGUUAUUUUUCACUGUGCAUUGUAUCUUAAGCAACACAUGACACCCUGGUUCAGAUGUAACUAUCUCAAGCCAUUUAACCAUGGUAUAUAGGGCCAGGCACUAGCCAUGAGUGCAGCUAUGCUUGCUAACCAGGAUACAAUACAUGCUGGUUUCAUAUCUUAGUUGGCAACUAGGGAACUUCCCCCCCCACCAAGAACUGCAUUUCCUUUGGGGUCAUGUUGGGGUCAUGUUUUAAGGGAUGCUUGCUAGUAGUGGACCUAGCCAGAGUCACCCACCUUUGUAGUGGUGAUCUUGAGAGUCUCUUCACCAACCCUCUCUCACUCAUACAUACACACAUACAGCCAGCCCUCCCUCUCUCACCCAUACACACCCAACAAACACUUCUCUAGUGUUAAUUAUUAACUGGGGGGUAGGACACUCCCCCACCCUUCAUACCAUCUACACAUUUUCUCCAUUUUGAUAAAUCCUAACCCUUUGUGGGGGAAGGGGGGAAUUCUCAUGCAGCUGCCAAGGGAAGAUCUAACAAUUCCAGCGAACCCCUGCACCACAAAUGUGGCAAUUAGUUUUUUUAUUUAUUUAAAAGUCUCCCAUUGUACCUAUCACGCUGAAGCCCUACACCACAAACCGCAGAAGAAAUAGUACCUCCUGAUUCUUUAUAGGUACUGGGCCUUUUUGUCCUAUAAAACUACUGAAGUAAAAACCACACGUCUCAAUUCAUAGCUUGGAUGUGGGAGAUUUUGGUAGUGGAGACCAAUUGUAUGUGAACUAUUGUUGUUCAGAAAGUCACAUGUUGAACAUCAACCCAUGAUCACAUCCUGAUUCAGCUUAUUUGCUGUAUGCAAGAGUCACUUGUGAAACUGGAUUGUUCUGUAUGUUGAAGGAAGAUAUUUAUCUUACUGAUUUUUUCUACGUUUCUCUGACAGUCCUUUUGGCUAAAAGGCAGUAUAUAAAUGCUAUGAAUAAAUCACUUCAAAUGUAGAUUGUUCCAAGUGUUCUUUCCUGCAAACCUGUUUUAAUUUAACAGUUUUUAAUGAAUAAGUGGCCAAAUAAUUUGAAACUUUCUUUAGUAAUCUGUAUGUACUGUUCUUUUUUAAUCUGAAUAGUAAGACUACUUCUGACACUUGCUGCUGCUAAAUAAUUUGUUUUAUCUUUUUUUUUUAAAUCCAGAAGCAGCAUAUGACAUGUGUUGUGUCAAUGAAGACCAGCUCUUAGAACAUGGACAAUCAGGGUCAUGCAAUGGCCACUGCAAAUUCACUUUCUCCUCACGAGCUUUUCUGAGCUUCAAGUUUGACCAUGACGCUAUCAUGAAAAGUUUUGACCUUUGAUGGUUGUUCAUUUGCACAAGUCUGCCACAGACCUGGUGCAAAGUAGCUGAGCAAGUUUCUUAAAUCCAGCCUUUACCCUUUCUCAGGUUUAAAAGCAAUGCAGGGACCUAGUGAUGGGCUGGAAGGUUUCUCAUCGCAAUAUGGGAGUGACACCAUUACAGUGUUGCACUUUAAAUGCAGUAUAGCUUUUACCUGCAGAGGGGAAAAAAUGCUUUCCAGUGUUUCAUUUGCUAGUUCCUAACUAUGCAUUAGAGGGCAUUUUUUUUUUGCUGUGUGUUUAGAUUUCAGAGAAGUAUUUUAUUUAGCCCUAGUGCUAUACUAACCUCUUAAGUGUUUAGAUUUGCUCUGAUGUACAAUAAUUCUUUGGUUUCCAGUAUGUCACAACAGGGUGGCAACUGGCCUGAAACUUCUGAGGACACACCUGUUUUGUAUUCUGCAUUUAGUUAGACCUUUUAUGACUUUGUAUGCUAAAAGGCAAAUUUCUCUUUUUGCUAGUUCAGGAUCCUCCUCCCUCGGAUCUUCUGGCUUUUGAAACCGUUUGAUUCUCUUUUGCACUGUACCAGGUUCUUUUUAAAGGCAUGUUUUAAAAUGGUAAUGGUAUAAUGAAAAGCUGAAUUCUGCUCAGAGAUUGUCUCCCUCCUCCUCUCCAGUUCCAGUAGGAUUGGGUGGUGGUGUUCAGCUAUGGUAAACCUGGUUUUCUUGGUCUGAUUUUGCUGUUCCUGCCAUUUUGGAAUAACAGCAACGGGUUUGAAUAUGCAGCAUGUUAAAAUGUGGAUUUAGGGGGGGAUAAUUUUACUGUAUAGAAUGUAAACUAGCCUUUUUAAAGUACUGCAAGGAGAGAAUUCAAAGCAUGUUCAGGACAGCACAUGAUAUUCAGCCUAAUGAGUUUUGUUUUGUCAUUGUACUGAUCUAUUCUGUUAUAAUUUUGACCAAUAUCUUUGGUUCAACAUUGAGUUUGGUGUCAACACAAUAGUUGCAACAGUUUUAACGUUUUAACAAUUUUAACAAGAAUGCAGCAAGGAGUGCAAGAGAAAGGCAUUUAAGUUUUUAUUUUAACAAAAUGUACAGAUUGCUUAGUCUAAAAAAAUCUUGAAUGGUUUACAAAACGACGUCCCAUGAUUGUUCUGAAGGCAUGACUGUGAACAUAACUUACCUACAGAGCUGCUGCUGAAUUUCUCUCUCUUUCUCUCCAUAUCCUGCCUUUACCUUGGCACUGUAGAACAGCUUGUAAUAAGUGUUUGAGAUUUCAAAAACCAAACUUCCAUCCUACCUGGGUUAAAGUUUGGGAACUGAGUAAACCAUUUAUAAUUUUGCAUAGUGCCUCUUCUCUUGCAAAAUCUGUAUAAUCUCCCUUGCUGAAGGACUGUCAAGUAAAGUAUAAACUUUGUGAAUGUCCAUUUUGCCUGGGAAAGAAACUCAAAUUAACUUCCAAGUAAAUUAGGUUUUAUUUACAGGCCAUUUUAAAUAUUGCUGAGUGACAGAUUUGCUGAGUAGUUACAUGCCUGCCAGCCACAUCUAUAAUUUAUUCAAAUCAGCAAAUUCACUGGAUCUGCUAAUCUGUUAAGACAGUUGAAAGGUUGGUGAUGGACAGAGACACCACUUUCCCCCUGUCCACCUCUAUUUAGAGGGGGGAAUUUUGGUCAGUAUUUAGUGCAGUUUGACUUUUUAUAGCAAUAAAAGUGCCUAACUUGCUAACUUCUCGUUCAUGGCAAAUUGCAUUUUCAGACUGCUUGUGCCAAUCUUCUUCUGAUAUGUAGCUUGAUUUCCCAGGAAUAUUACUCUUUAUGCUGCUUCCUUUUUGGUACACCACGGAACUCUGGCACAGUUAUGUGAAUUUCAGAUAUGAAAUGAAUUCCUUCCUGACAAACACUUAAAUCACUGUAGUAGCAGUGAGACAAAACAUCUAAAGUGAAACAGCUUUGUGUUCAGAGUGUGCAAGUUCUGCCCUAACGUCUGGAUAGACAAAGUGUAGCUCCCAUUUUGCAAUUCUUUAGCAAAGACAGUGUCAGGCUUCUUGAUGGAUAACUUACCAGAAGCUAUAGAAGACUAACUUGGUUUGUUAAAUCUAGCCUUAAAAUGGGUUGCAAGUAAACAUGGUAAAUAUGCAAUAAUUUUCACUUUUACAAGGUACCAUGUUUCAUAAAGUUGUGUUCCUUAAUUUUAUUAUCAUGUAUUAAGGGUGUCUGAAAAUAACUGUUUUAUGGAUUCCUGGGUGUCCUGCACUGUGAACAUUUCAGGUUGUUUACUUUUAAUUUGUUUGUAUGGUAUGAGUUUUUUUGUUUUGCUUGCAAAGUGUUUAAAUGAAUCUUUUUAUACGCGUGUAUUCCAAAGUCCAGGCAUAUGGUUUACAUAGAUUUCUGUAAAACAAUGAAGAAAAGGCAAUUUGGGAAUUGUGAAUUUUUGUUUCUCUGUGGGCAUUUUAAAAGAUGGGGGAAUAAAUGAUAUGUGAAUUGAUUUGAGAUAAUCUUUACAGAAAGAUCAAACUGCUUGAAUGUUGACUGCUGGUCUGAUGUGCUUGAGGAGAUGCAACAAACUCCUCUCUGUGCUGCACCUAAUUGCAUUACUUGUCUGAUCCUUUUGAGGUCAAAUUAUUUCUGCUACAGAAGCAAAGGAUGCUCAGCAGACAAAAGACUUUAAACAGGAUCCUUGGGACUGCAUACUGAGCUUUUGGAAAAUGGUUUUGUAUAAAUGUAUGUGUGUCUGUGAGUUGCUUAGUGAAGCUUUGAUUUAUAGCUACUCUGUUUUGUUUUUGGUGGCUCAUGAAGUCUGUGGUUUCUGCUAGACUUGUGUGCUAUUGAAAGCUUUGUAUUCAAUAUCUGAGCUUGAGAAAGCAGAAUUGAGGAGAAAGGAGCAGUUUUCACAUUUAGCUGCACUUCACUUUUCCAAGGGUUAAGGUAGCCUUUAAGCUCAAAUAUUUGUGUGCUAAGGUUAGCAGUUUGCUUUGCAGAAUUGUAGUACUAAAUACUGGUAUGCAGCUGUGGCAAAAAUAUAGAUUUUAGUUGAAUUUUGGGGCUGUUUUGCAUGGUUGGUUGCAGGAAAAGCACAGCAGAAUUUUGCAGAGUGGCCCAUACUAGUGCUGGAGAUUUAUGCAAGGGUCCUUAGAGCAGCUUCUGACAUGAAGCUUGGUAUUUGAAAGCUGGUGCCUCUCCCCGUUCCUUCCAUUUCUGUCCCAUCUGAAACGGAACUGUGAGUUGCAAAUGUUCUGAGUCUGGCAGCUUGUGAGUUUUUCUUAGCCGGUCAUGCAUGUUCCUCUGCAGCCCAAGAAGUCUGAGCAUAGCUGUUAUGGUAGUUCCUAAUUGUGAAACGUGCAAUUCAGAUGUUCUUGCUCACAGUUCCUUACACUAGAGUGCUUACAUGUGACAAUAAUUUACUGUGCACUGUGAAGGCAUCCUUACAGGAAAGUUAGCUAUUACUGAAAUCUUGGUCUACUCUUUAAACAUAUGUAGCUAUAUCUUUUUCACAAAGGGAAAGAUAAAUAGGCUUAAAACCUUACUUUUUGCAGUAAGCACUGACUGAUGCAAUAUGGCUUGUAUGCAUAUAUAUUCAGCAUGCAUUUAUGGUUGCUUUUAUUUUUGAUAAGAACAAUGGAAAAAAUAAACUCUUUAAUUUGUUAUUGUCAGGAUCACGAAAAUCCUAAUGUCCUGCCUGGUUUUGAACUCUUCAACCAGUGUUUAAAAUAAAUAUUUAAUCUUUUUUGAGAAUGAUCCAAGGAGCCACAUGUCCCAUUCUGUGCAUUUGUGUAUUUUAGUAGGCUUGAAACUGAUUUCUCCCCUUCCACUCUCCUUUUUUUCAUUUAAGCAGUAGCAUUUUUUGGUAUGUAACAAAUAACUGCUUUUAAAAUGGGAGAAGUGAAAAACAAUCUUGUUGCGCUCUACAAAAGCAGCUCUUUAGAUUCUUGCUGCUGUGGUUUAAAUAACAUAAUGAAACCUGUAACUGUGGUAUAAACUAUUAGAACUGUGCUUGGAAAUGAUGUACAGGUUGUUGUUUGAAAUGAGUUGAUUGAAUGGACCAAUGUUAUAAAAAAGUGACAUUUAAUUUGUGUCAUUAAUGAAGCAUAGAUCACAUCAAGAAAGGAAUGUACAUUUUACAAUAUAUUUCUACAACUACAAAUAUUUUAUAUAAAGGAUCAAUGAUGCUACCUUUCAUAACGGCUGUAGCCACUGUAUUCAACCACAGGUUUGUUCUUGCCCAAAAUUGGUUUAUUCUUUCAAGCUGAACAAUUUUAAUGAAACUAAACGUUCUCUGAAAUAAAUUUUACUUUAACAGAUUGAAAAUGUGUGUUUAAACAGUAGGGAUUGUUCACUGCUAUGUUUUGUGAAAAAUGGCAUUGCUACAGAAGGGUGUGCUUUUGAUAGGAGGAGGUGUGCAUUCGGCAAUCACCUAAUCUGACAACUUGUGUUAUUUCAAAAUACUUUAAUGUACAGUGAUUUGUAGCCUAGCUUUAAAGAAGAGAUAGUAACAAGUCGUUCUUCAUAACUUGUGAGAGACAGAGAGCAGUGGGAUAGGUAUGUAUUGCUUUCUUUGUUAUAGGCUAGGUAAUAUAGGUUACUUUUUCACUAAGUUAACAUGGUUUGAGAUUGGUCUAUUAAAAAAAGUACACCGUUAGGUGCUAAGUAAGCUAAUGUGUUUAUUUUUAUGUUCAUUGAGCAAUUUGAUUUUACUUAUUACUGCUUUUAUAUUAUAAAAAUGCUUACUAGUAAGUUUUGGACUUCUGGAUAACUUGUAAACUUGAAAUGUGAUUAUUGUUCUGAACUGCAAAAUACAGCUGGGUCAUGCCUAUAAUACUGAUGUAUAAAACAUUGUAACUGGUGUUGUUGCCCCUAGGUAUCAGUGUGUGAAUUGUCAAGAGAAAGCAUUUUUCUGAAAAUUUGUGGAAUUGCACUUGAAGCCCACAAAACAUGAAAACAGAGCAUAAAAGAAUUGUCAUGUGAGUUGUGUACAUUCAUCCAUUUGCCAUUAAAACGGUUAAUUUUCAUGUUUUCAUAUAAACAAUUUGAAAGCUCUUUAUUGUGCAAGCACUGAGAAGGGUUUACACAAUGAUAUAUAAAAUAAGAACCAGGAAAGCAUUUUCCUGUCCAGAAGCAGUGACUCUAUAACCUUUGAUAAAAAAAGAGAAAAAGGCCAUGCCAGAAGGCGUAAUGAUAUUUGCAUUAGAAAUUUAUUCAGAAUAUAAGAACAUUUGUAAAAGUAUUAUAAAUGCCUCUGUAUAAAUAAAUGCAGUUUGUACAAGUCUAUAUCAAAUAAAACAAAGUAGCUAUUUUACAGCAGCUAAGG